AUGCCCCGGUCGUCUGUACAGCUUCUCCAGCCGCUCUUGGCCGCGGAAGCACCCGUCGCCAUCCAGGAUUUGGUGUCCUCCGAGCGCAAGCCCCAUGCAAUAGCUACUGCUCACCUACUGCUCUUCGUUUCGCAGUGGUUGGCAGCAGAUCUUCGCUGUCCCCACAACCGAGCAGAAGGCUGCACUGAUCGAAGGCAUAUCAGGCUUACCUUCAGAGCUGUUCGACAAAACUUACUUCCAUUUGGCCUCAUGUUCACCGAAGCCACGAGUGCAGAGUGGUGGAUACAACUGAAGGCUGUCAGAGUGAUCGGACCAGUAACCGUUGGGCUCUAUCAAGUGUUCUCCAGCCAUGCUGCUGUUUUCUACUUAGUCAUAUUAUUCUCGAGGAAAGAUAUCACAUACAUCAACUGA